UUGAUCACCACAUUGAGCUUUUCAUCUAAUUCUUCUUUCUGAUUUGCUUAUUGUGUUCGAGAGAGAUUCUUGAUAGUGAUUAAGAACUCUUAUAUACCCUUUGAUCUUAAUACUAUAUUUGAAUGGCCACCAGUUUACAGAACCGUGGACUAGCUAGCUUGGGGAAGCGAUUUUUGAAGAGCUACGCAAGUGCUGGAAAUUCACCUACCCUCUCUACCAGGAGGGCAGUGCACGCAUCAGUGUACGACAAGAAUCCGGAGGAAUAUGUGCAGCCUUUUGUGGUGCCAGAUGAAGUGAUCAAGACACAAUCAGACAAGUACUGGGCUCCUCACCCUCAGACAGGGGUGUUUGGACCAGCCACCGAUCACAGUGGUUUCCACAUCAGGCCUGCGAGUGUUAGUGUAGAUUCUGUAUUGGAACAGAAGGCCUUCUUCCGCCCACUCGAGGAUCUUGAGAAGCCAGCCUACGCUUAAUCUUUCAUAAUAACAUAGUCGUUUCAAGUGUAUCUGUCCUCACUUUAGAUAGCAGAGUGGUGCCUCAACAUAAGAACUAGAGUACUAGUAGUGGCUAGCAGCAAAGGUGAAAUAUGUUUGCUUUGUGUUUGUCGAAUCUGUAACAAUUGAGUUGGAACUAUAGUAAGAGUGUAGAUUAAGACUACUUCUGCACUGCUAUCAAAUGUUUGUUAGUAUAUUGUAUAAUUGUAAUAAUAACCUUUUACUUCUAUUAA